GGCGCGUGCGGCGUUUGUCACCAGUCCAGCCGACGUCCCUGCUCACCAGUGUCUACCGGCGUGGCUCAGUGUAGAAGCCCAAAAGCUGCAGAAUGGCACCCUUGUUGUAUGUUGUCCUGUUGGUAGCUAUAUUGGAUAUCUCGCAAGCUUCAAGUGAUGUGCAAACCUUCGGCUACGAAACGAAAGAUCGAGGGAGUUACUUUGCUCAAACUCCAGAUACACUGAUGUCAGUAUGGGUGAAUAGAGACAUACCCCUUCCACGUGGAACGACCGUUACCUCUCUUAAUUACUACGUAGAACCCACACUUCCAAAUGGAACAUACUCUGGACAAUUUUAUAUAUGGAAACAGGUUACAUCCGUGAAAUACUUAUUGGAACUGAAAGAAAAUCUUGUCUUUGAUACAACAACCUCUGGUAUAAAAGAGUUUAUCUUUCCCGUGCCAUUUACCCUCUGUUAUGAUGCAAACAGUUACUUGGGCUGGGGCUUCGACCAACAAAUUGGACCUAUCUCGAUUAGUGAAGAUUUUGAGGAUGUAAACAAUACUUUACUCGCUUACACAGAAGAGGGCCUCGUUGUUGAUGAAGAGUACUCUUCUUUCUUUGCUUUGCCAUACACCUUUUCCAUUGAGUUGAUCCUUAAUGUUACCGGUGUUGGUGACCCCCCUCCACCAAGCUGUGAUUCAUGCUUUGUUGGACCUACAGGAUUACAAGGUCCUGUUGGAAGCACUGGCACAAUUGGACCUAUUGGAGAGACUGGAGUGACAGGACCCUCUGGAUCAACUGGUGAAAAGGGUACGGCCGGUGACAAAGGACAGUUUGGGGAGACCGGUUUGACAGGCGAUACAGGUUUGAAAGGAGAGAUAGGAGAAGGAAGCACUGGUGAAUCUGGAAUAAAAGGAAUUGAAGGCGAGACGGGAAUGCAAGGUGAUGAAGGAGAGACGGGACUAAAAGGAGACCUUGGUUUAACUGGUGAAAAAGGAUUGAAGGGUACUAGUGGUGACAAGGGCGUCAAAGGAGAGCUCGGGCAGACUGGAGUAUCUGGAAUCAGUGGAGAUAAGGGACAGUUUGGACAAACCGGUGUGAAGGGAGAGGUAGGACCAACUGGUACUAAAGGAUCCUUGGGACAAACUGGUACCACAGGUAUUGGAGAAACAGGUCCUGUAGGUACCACUGGUAUCCAGGGAAGCAAAGGUGACCUUGGACAAACUGGUGCGCAGGGAGGCAAAGGUGACCUUGGACCAUUGGGAUCUACUGGUGUGAAGGGUGAUACAGGGUCUGAUGGUACUACAGGACUGAAGGGUGACCAGGGAAAUGUUGGUUUCACUGGAUCAGUUGGGCCUACAGGAUUGAUUGGGGUGACUGGACCUACAGGUGGAGUAAAAGGUGACAAGGGAGACAGCGGGUUAAUAGGAUUCACUGGAGUAUCUGGAGUUUUGGGAAGCACUGGAAUGACAGGAAUUCAAGGUAUCUCGGGACCUGCAGGAAAUACUGGACCAAUAGGAGCAAGCGGGGUAGCUGGAGUUACGGGAUCAAUUGGAUCAACAGGACUUGAAGGAGCUACUGGUGAUAUAGGAAAUACAGGGCCCAAAGGAGACCAAGGAAUCCAGGGCAUAUCGGGAGAAACAGGGCAACUGGGCAACACUGGAGUUGUGGGCAAUACUGGGCCUGUUGGAGCCACUGGUGUUGUUGGGGAUACUGGAAACAAAGGAGAGGAGGGAGCAGUUGGCGGUGAAGGAGCAACUGGUCAAGUUGGCAACACUGGUACUAAAGGAGAAGUUGGUAACACAGGAAUACAGGGGGCUACUGGGAAUGUUGGAUCAACAGGAUCUGUCGGAGAUACUGGCCGAAAAGGAUCUGUAGGCGAUACUGGAAUACAAGGUCUGACGGGAGACCAAGGUCAGAUGGGAAAUACUGGUAUUCAAGGUUCAACUGGUUCUGUUGGCGAUACUGGUAUUCAAGGUUUUUCAGGUGUCGCAGGAGCAACAGGAAGUGUAGGUGUAACAGGUUCUACAGGUACUGUUGGUGCAACUGGAACUCAAGGUGCAACUGGUAACACGGGACUCGAAGGGGACCAGGGUGUAGUCGGCAAUACUGGAAGCAAAGGUGAAGUUGGAGCAACUGGACCUGUUGGUCAAACAGGAGAUAUUGGAUUAACUGGGUCCAAAGGUCAGACUGGUGACACUGGUUUUCAAGGUAGCACAGGCGAUGUUGGAAGCACUGGAUAUAAGGGAGAGGUGGGGACCACUGGCCAGAAAGGCGAGGUGGGGUCCACGGGUGUCGAGGGAUCAACAGGAUCAGUUGGUGAUACCGGAAUACAAGGAGUCAGCGGAGUGACUGGAUCUGAAGGUGUAACGGGCAAUGUAGGAAACACUGGACUGAAAGGCGAUACAGGUGCAACUGGGGAGCAGGGCACAACUGGAUUAGUUGGUAACACUGGCAGUAGUGGACCAGUAGGUAACACAGGUGCUACAGGUCAGAUUGGUGUCACGGGUAAUACAGGAUCAGUUGGAAGCACAGGAGUUGCAGGCGAUACAGGAUACAAAGGAGAGCAGGGAAACACGGGUGAUGUUGGGGCAACAGGUGUUGUUGGAUCAACCGGAAAUGUAGGAAACACUGGACCUGUAGGAGCCACUGGUUUUAAAGGAGAACAAGGAGCAACAGGAAACACCGGAGCUCAGGGGGACACUGGAAAUACUGGUUCAAAAGGGGAAAUUGGCAACACUGGCGAUGAGGGCAACACAGGACCCGAAGGUCAGACUGGAGCUAAAGGAAAUGUAGGUUCUACAGGUAUACAAGGUACCACAGGACAGGUAGGCAGCACUGGUUCACAAGGGGUGGUAGGCAAUACCGGAAUACAAGGUGCAACAGGACAAGUCGGUGACACUGGAGUUAAAGGUGAAGUGGGAAACACUGGACAACAGGGAAGCACUGGAGUUAUUGGAGACACUGGAAUACAAGGUCAGACCGGCAGUGUUGGCGACACUGGAUCCACUGGGAAUGUCGGAGCCACUGGAUCCAAAGGAGGGAAAGGAGAUGUUGGGGAUACAGGAGCGGUAGGAAACACCGGAAUUCAAGGUUUGACAGGAAAUGACGGAAUACAAGGAAUAUCGGGUAUCACAGGAGAUCAAGGUAUAACUGGUAUAAAAGGUGAAAUCGGUGCCACUGGACUGAAGGGAGAUGGUGGAGCCAAAGGUGACGAAGGACAAUUUGGAAAUACCGGAACAAAAGGAGAGGUUGGUGUUACAGGUAUAUUGGGUUCUACUGGAGAUAAGGGAUCCCAGGGAGAUGUUGGUACAUCGGGAUCUGUUGGAGAUACUGGUGUAAAGGGAGAUACUGGAGCCAAAGGAGAUGCAGGAAAUAUUGGAAACACUGGUCCUUCUGGAAUCCAAGGCCAAACAGGGCAAAAUGGAGAUACUGGCAUCCAGGGAGAAACGGGAAUCCAAGGAGUUCAGGGUUUGACUGGAGAUGUAGGUAGCACUGGACCAGACGGCCAGACUGGCAACAUAGGACCAGCAGGGUCUACAGGACAAGUGGGCAGUACUGGACAAAAGGGAGAUGAUGGAGGGAAAGGUGAUAUUGGAAACACGGGUGACGUUGGGAACACUGGACCCGUUGGAUCAACUGGAUAUACAGGUAUCGCAGGCUCGAAAGGAGACACUGGUAGCAAAGGCAUUGCGGGACAAGUUGGCAACACGGGAGAAAUGGGGUCAGUUGGUAACACCGGCAUAGAAGGGGAAACGGGUGCAGUGGGUGCUACUGGUAUAAAAGGAAUUGGUGGGGAUGAUGGUAACACUGGACAGAAAGGUGAUAUUGGAUCCACUGGGUCUGUUGGUACUACAGGCGUUGAAGGACCACAAGGACUGUCGGGCAAUGUGGGUGCCACUGGAGCAACAGGUCAGGUUGGAAAUACUGGUGAUAAAGGAGAACAAGGACUAACGGGCGAUCAAGGUGUCACAGGUAGUGUUGGAGAUACAGGAAUACAAGGUGUCGAGGGUGUUACUGGAAAUACUGGUGCCAAAGGAGACGGUGGUGACACAGGAUCGCAAGGUACACAAGGAGAGACGGGAAGCGUUGGGUCCACUGGUCAAGUAGGCGAUACUGGUAUACAGGGAGUUACUGGAGAAGUUGGCAAUACUGGCAGCGAAGGAGAUGAAGGCAACACAGGGGCAAAGGGCUCUGUUGGGGAUACCGGUAUUCAGGGAGCCACGGGCGAUGUUGGUGUUACUGGAACACAAGGUGUGGAAGGGCAGACGGGAGCAGUAGGUGACACUGGCAUUCAAGGUUUGACUGGAGUAAUUGGUAACACUGGACCAAAAGGAGGGGUUGGAGAUACAGGAGUACAAGGUAUAUCUGGUGUACAGGGUACGAAAGGAGAUACAGGACCGAUGGGAAAUACAGGCAUUCAAGGUACCAAAGGUGAUACUGGAGUUCAGGGGCUAACCGGCUCGGUAGGCGACACUGGAUCAAAGGGAGAGAUAGGUAGUUCAGGGGAUCAAGGACAGACUGGAGAACGCGGUGUCACAGGUUCCUCAGGGGUCGAGGGAAAUACUGGUGCUACUGGAGAUGUGGGAUCUACUGGACCAACAGGAUCAACAGGAGUGAUUGGAAACACUGGUGUGAAGGGAGACACUGGAAAUACUGGACCACAGGGAACUGUGGGAGACACUGGAGUCAAAGGAGACCAAGGCAUCGUUGGAAACACUGGUAUGGUCGGCUCUACUGGUAAUGAUGGCCCUACAGGUACCCAGGGAGAUUCAGGAAAUACUGGCAUUCAGGGUGUUACAGGUGGUGUUGGCAAUACUGGUCCAAAAGGUGAACUGGGAGUCCAAGGUGUCACAGGUAAUGUUGGAGACACUGGUGUUAAAGGUGAUGAUGGUCUGACGGGUAAUACUGGUGCUAAGGGUACACAGGGCGACACUGGAACAACAGGAUCAAAAGGAGAGGUUGGUGCAACUGGAGUUGUUGGAAGUAGUGGUAUCCAGGGAGUUACAGGAGAUUUAGGCAGCACAGGACCUAAAGGUGGCAUUGGGGAUACAGGUGUCGCAGGAGAUACAGGAACUAAAGGAGAAGUCGGUGCAAGUGGACUUACAGGACAAAUUGGUGACACAGGUAUUCAAGGUGUAACUGGACUUGUUGGCAAUACUGGAGCCAAGGGACAAUUUGGCAGUACUGGUGUUGAAGGAGACACUGGAGCUGUUGGGUCUACUGGCACGCAGGGAAAUGCUGGUAAUACAGGGGCUGUUGGUGCUACUGGAAAUGUAGGUGUAACUGGAAACACUGGACCUAUUGGGGCCUAUGGAGAUAAGGGAAGUGAUGGACAGCAAGGAAAUACUGGUGCAAAGGGAGAUCAAGGUGUUGUUGGCAAUACUGGACAGGUUGGAACUACAGGUGACAAAGGACAAAUUGGCGACACUGGUGUACAAGGUUUGACGGGUCAAGUAGGAAACACAGGAUCUGAGGGAGAUACAGGAGCUGUAGGAAGCACUGGACUCGACGGUGUAGCUGGAAAUACUGGUCCUAAAGGUGAUGGAGGAGAAACGGGAGCUUCUGGUCAACAGGGAAAUACCGGAGCUGUUGGCAAUACAGGAGAAAAAGGUCAAAUUGGCAAUACAGGAUCCAAAGGCAAUAUUGGCGACACUGGUACUACUGGAGCAAAAGGAAAUGAAGGCGACCAAGGUACAACAGGACAAACAGGUACCACUGGCAUUCAAGGUCAAACAGGUCUUGUUGGAGAUACUGGUAUCCAAGGUCAGACUGGUGGUGUUGGUGCCACUGGAGAGAAGGGGCAAAUUGGAACAUCGGGUGUGAAUGGACAAACCGGUAAUACAGGUCUCGAAGGUGAUACUGGAGUAGAAGGAACUACUGGAGAGAAAGGACAAAUAGGAAAUACCGGUACCCAAGGCAACGUAGGAUCUACUGGUAUUCAAGGGCAGACGGGCAGUGUUGGUGCCACUGGAGACCAAGGACAAAUUGGCAAUACUGGAGAAGUUGGUGUUACAGGAAGCGUUGGCAACACGGGUGCCGUAGGUCAAACUGGAAGCACAGGUGUAAAAGGUGAUACAGGUAGUGUUGGCAGUACAGGUAUUCAGGGACUGACUGGAAGUUCGGGUGACACAGGUGAAGUAGGCACAGUUGGAAACACCGGUGCCAAGGGACAAAUUGGCAACACUGGACCAAAGGGAGAAGAAGGCGACACCGGUAUACAGGGUAUCACGGGAAUUCAAGGACAAACUGGAAACAUUGGCGACACUGGAGCAAAGGGUGAAAUUGGAUCCACAGGAUCAGAGGGAGCUACAGGUAGUGUAGGAAGCACAGGAAGUCAAGGUCAAACUGGAAACGAAGGGGAAACUGGUCUAGUAGGAGCAACCGGUGCUAAAGGUGAUCAAGGUCUAGUUGGUUCCACUGGUGUAAAAGGAGAUCAAGGAAAUACUGGCAAUACAGGAGUCCAAGGAAUCGGUGGCAAUACAGGACAGAAGGGAAAUGGUGGUUCUACUGGAGACAAAGGUGAUCAAGGAAUCCAGGGAAAUCAGGGGCUAACUGGCAAUGUUGGCAAUACUGGUGUCAAAGGUGAAACCGGCAACACCGGCAUCCAGGGAGUCUCUGGUGUUGUUGGCUAUACUGGCCCUCAAGGACAGACUGGAAGUGAAGGAGUCACAGGUGAACAGGGUAAUGUUGGCAAUACUGGAGUCGAAGGUCUGAAAGGAGACAUUGGACAAACGGGCACAUCGGGUAGUGUUGGUAGCACAGGAAAUGCGGGACAAACUGGGGAUACUGGAGUUAAGGGCGACACCGGCCUUGAGGGACAGACUGGGGCUAAAGGAGAUAUUGGAAACACUGGGUCUAAGGGAGACGUUGGCAGUGUAGGGUCUACAGGAUCUGUUGGCAACACCGGCAGCACUGGAUUCAAGGGAGACACUGGCACACAGGGAAAUGUUGGAAACACUGGACCAAAAGGACAACGGGGAGUUGAAGGAAACACCGGUGCAACAGGAGACCAAGGUCAAAUUGGUAGUACCGGACUAAAAGGAGGUUUAGGAGAAACAGGAAUAAGUGGAACCGAUGGCCUGGUUGGUAAUACUGGGGAGAAGGGACAGACGGGAGGCACUGGAGUACAAGGAGUCACUGGUGUUGUAGGCAACACUGGUUCAACUGGUCAAUCGGGAGAUACGGGAUCAACAGGACCAACAGGAAACACUGGAGUCGAGGGAACAACUGGUGAAAUUGGUGUCUCGGGUUCAACGGGUCAAGUUGGUAACACUGGAGAACAAGGGCUAACUGGAAACACCGGUCCAAUUGGAUCCACAGGACAAGUUGGAAACACUGGUGUAGAGGGAGCUACAGGUAAUGUGGGAGCCAGUGGGGCAACGGGUAGUGAUGGAAACACAGGAGCGAAAGGUGAAACUGGAGGUGUUGGCAAUACAGGUCCUGUUGGUAGUACAGGUGUUGAAGGUCAAACUGGUGGAGUUGGAGACACUGGUGUGAAGGGUGAUGUAGGAAGUAAAGGAUUAAAAGGAGAUCUUGGACAGGUUGGAGAUACUGGUGUCAAAGGAGACUCUGGCAAUGUAGGAAAUACCGGCACUGUGGGUGCCACAGGACCUGAAGGUAACACUGGCUACACUGGCAAUACUGGCACACAAGGUGUAGCAGGACAAACCGGAGACAAAGGUGAAAUAGGCCAGACUGGUUCUAUAGGUUCAACUGGUAACACUGGGUCGAAGGGAGAACAAGGAAUACAGGGGCUGACUGGAGAUAUAGGGCAGACGGGAGAUGUUGGUGCCACAGGUUAUAAAGGUCAAACUGGAAAUACAGGAAAUACUGGAGCUAAAGGAGAAAUAGGCAACACUGGACCCAAAGGAGGAGUUGGAAAUACAGGGGUCAAAGGAGAAGAUGGCAAUACUGGCUCUACUGGCUCUACUGGCUCUACUGGAGGCAUUGGUGCAACGGGACUCCAAGGAAAUGUUGGAAAUACUGGACUCGAAGGAACGACUGGUAAUACUGGUAGUGUUGGAGCAACUGGAAAUGUUGGCAAUACUGGUGCUAAGGGAGAAGUAGGAGACACUGGUGUGCAGGGUGCUACUGGUGUUGUUGGUGAUACAGGACUGGAGGGCAAUACUGGCGACACUGGAUCAACAGGACCCAAAGGUAACCUUGGCAAUACUGGUGACACUGGACCACAGGGUAGCGAGGGAGACGAUGGCCAGACGGGCGCUCAAGGCAACGUGGGACUUACAGGACAGACGGGAAAUACUGGUAAUAAAGGAGAUGUUGGUGCUACAGGAAAUCAAGGACAGAUAGGAAAUACAGGAGUAUCUGGUUCACAGGGCGUUACUGGAGCAGUGGGGUCCACAGGUCUAAAAGGAAGUGAUGGAGUGACAGGUGAUCAGGGAAAUGUUGGUGAUACUGGCGUCGUGGGCAACACUGGAUCAAAGGGUGACCAAGGAGAUGUUGGCAGCACUGGAAUUCAGGGACAGACUGGAUAUAAGGGAGAAAUUGGCACUUCUGGAGUGACUGGUGGUGUUGGAGAUUCUGGAGUCGUUGGCAAUACAGGACCACAGGGUGUCAGUGGUAUUACUGGCACAGUUGGUGCUACUGGUAGUAAGGGUGAUACAGGAGCUGUGGGCAACAACGGUGCGACUGGUACUAUAGGAUCAACGGGACAAAAAGGCCAAGCAGGAACUGAUGGUGUUACAGGACCUCAAGGUGAAACUGGACCCUUGCCCGAUGUGACUAACACCUGCGACACUAGUAACGGUGGAUGUGCACACAACUGUAAAAAUGUGUUCGGAGCCUAUAUCUGUAGCUGUAACGCAGGAUAUGUUCUUGCUGCUGACUCCCAUGCCUGUGAUGAUAUCGACGAAUGCUCUUCCUUUGGACCCUGUCCUCAGAUCUGCACCAACACCGCUGGUAGCUACACCUGCAGUUGUGCUCCUGGAUUUACGCUAGAGGCUGACCAGCGAACCUGCUCUGAUAUAGACGAAUGUCUUCAACUAGACACCGUUGAAAAUUGUGCUCGUAGUUGGUCGAUGUGUGUAAACGUCCCAGGAUCAUUUGUCUGUGUUGGCAUCAGUCUAACGAACAUAAGAAGGGCCAGCGUUCAAGGAAGUGAUGAUCAAUCCUGUAAAAAACAAAACGGUGGAUGUGCCCACAUAUGUACCCAAGUGACCGGUGGACAUGAAUGUUCCUGUCGAGCAGGAUACCAACUCGACAAAGAGGGAGCCCUCGGUUGUACAGAUAUCAAUGAGUGCGACAGUUGGCCAUGCCAGCAGAAUUGUACCAACACCGACGGUAGCUACCAGUGUAGUUGUGACGAUGGCUUUAAACUUGGUGCUGAUGGACAGACAUGUGAAGCACGGAAACUUUGUUCAGACGGUAGUAAUGGAGGAUGUGACCACAUAUGUCGCCAGCUGUAUGGAGCUCGCAAGUGUUCCUGUUUGCUAGGCUACGAAAUAUCAUCGGAUGGAUUCACCUGUAAUGACCUCGAUGAAUGUGCUUUAUAUGGUCCUUGUAAUCAGCUGUGUAGCAAUAAUGAAGGUGGAUUUGACUGUAGCUGUUUCUCUGGCUUCACACUGGAAGUCCACACUCAUUUGUGUAAAGAUAUAGAUGAAUGUCAGAAUCAGGAAGCAUGUCCCUUGUACAGCACUGUAUGCCUAAACACCCUGGGUUCCUACAGUUGUGUAGACUUUUUGGCGAGUGUUGCAAAUGACGAGUCCAAUAUCGAGGAUGGAAAUGAAUUUGAUCUACAAGGAGAUUACCUUAGUGAUGACCAUGUGGGAGCCGCCGCUGAAGGGAAUGCAUCCCCACAAACUUUAUCUAGUACCCAAAUGAUGAUCAUCAUUGGUGUUAUGGCUGGCAUCAUUAUCCUGGUGGCGCUUGGUGCUUCCAUUGCUUGUAUAAUUGUAUAUCAGCGUAUGGAAGGACGUCCACGCAAGGACUCUAUGGCAGGACUCCUUGUUCCUACUCACAUGCGCAGUGCUUCAACUUGUGGUGACGUAGAAUCUACAGGAGCAUUCAACCCUUAGAACAUUUAUUACAACAUCAAACACAACUGAAAAUUAAGGAAUUGGAAACUGGACUGCUGUAAUGUGUGCAACACAAGUAUAGGAAUCCACUUAAAAACUGUUCAGUUUUUAACUUUAUAAAUGUUCCGUUAUACUUAUGAAAACCAAAGAUAUAAUUUGUCUUGAUUUGUGCUGUAUCCUAAAUGAUCAUAGACAAAUUGUACCAAACCAAAAUCUUCAGUGCUGGAAAAUUGUGUCCAUAUUGAUAAUGGUAUUGCUGUCCAAAUAUAAUGCCAAAAUUUAUAAACACAAAUUUGAUUUGUUAAUGAAAAAUCACUUGAAUUUGUUGACUUAAGCUGUUAAAUAUCUUCUUGAUGUAUCUUUGGAUAUGUUUAUUUUUUAAAGAAAUUGACCAUGUGCUGACAAUUUUUUUCCUGCCCGACAAAUACAUCAUCAAGCAAGUUAAAAAUUCCUUUAUAAAAGCCAUGUUUCAAAUUAUUGUUCAAAAUAGCAACUGGUCUUUAAUAAAAGAUUAUUUAAUUGUUUACAGGAUUUGAGUGUUGUAGUGUAUUACAACGCAGACUAUACUUUGAAAUACAGCUGAUGUCUCCAA